CCAUUAUUUGAGUAUUAGUGAUUGUUAUAAAAAAUAAAUUUGCAGAAAAACAUUAAAAAUAAUAAUAAUUAAUAAAUCCUUUUAUGCUACUGUGACUUAAUUUAAAUUGUGAACUAUGUGUAUAGUAAUCGUAGAGUAAAAUUCACUGGAAUUUAAAGAAACUAUGUAACUAGUGCAAUAAUAGAUUAUUAUUUGUGAAAUUUUGUAGGAAUUAUAGGUUUUAGUUGUACGCAUUUUUUUGUUAUCAUGCACGAGGCAUACGAUAUAUCUCCUUUGCUUACUGUCACUGUACAGAUAGAAACUAUAGCUGCAUAUGAUGGCAACCUGUUGCUGGGAACUAGGCAGGGGCAUUUGUUAAUGUAUUCAUUAUCAACCAAUAAUGGGAACCCUGGCAAAUAUGGCAUACAAUUGUUGCGGUACUGUAAAAAUUUUAGUAAGAAGCCAAUACAGCAAAUUGAUGUGAUACCAGAAAAGAAUUUACUCCUUUGUUUAUCAGACUAUGUUCUGUCCACAUAUGACAUCAAUGGUGUCAAUUUUCCACUUAUUGAAACAUUUCCACAAACCAAGGGUGCUUCACUUUUUGCCUUAGAUAAUAAAUCAACAACAUCAAUGACAGGAGAAUCAAACUCAGUUGUUCGUCUCUGUGUAGUUGUAAGAAGAAAGUUACAGUUAUAUUAUGGGAAAAAUGGACAAUUUAAACAACAUUUAUUUGAUUUCUCCAUACCAGAUGUGCCUAAAGUUUUGGCAUGGGGCCAGGAAUAUUUGUGUGUAGGGUUUAAGGCGGAGUACACAUUUUAUGAUCUCUCUUCAGGGAAACCAAAAGAACUAUUCCCAACUGGAAGUUCUAAAGCCCUGGAACCUACUAUAGCUAGAUAUUCAGAUACAUCAUUUUUACUAGGGCGUGAUCAGACCUCAGUGCUUGUAGAAGAAACACAAGAUUUAGAAAUCAAGAAAACUAUUAGAUGGUCAGAACCCCCUAUUAGUGUUGUUUGGGAUGAGCCGUUUGUGUUAGGUUUAUUACAAGAUCAAGUUGUUGUACAGACUGUUGAACCUUCAUUAUUUAUACAAACAAUUCCUGAAUUGAAUAAAGCAAGACUGAUGUAUAGAUGUAAGCGAGGUUUAACAUUCGUGUCUUCAGUUGGUCAAGUGUGGUGUCUCAGUUCAGUGGAUAUCACAAAGCAAAGACAACAACUUCUAAAAGACAAACAGUUCCAGAUCGCUAUUGACUUAACAAAACUAUCAGAAUGUUCCCAAGAAGAAAAAGAACAGUCUAUACGAUCGAUACAGAAAUUGUUUGCUCUUGAGCUAUUUGAUACCAAAGAUUAUUCACAGUCCAUGAAAGAAUUUUUGAAACUCAACAUCGAUCCAGCGGAAGUUAUAGAAUUAUUCCCAGAUUUAGACAGCAGACCAGGUGCGGAAUUAUCUAAAAAUAAGAAAUUAAAAGGAAAGGACUUGGAAAAUGCAUUGAAAGCUUUAAUAGAAUAUUUGUUAGCGCUGAGAGCUAACAUUGGCAAAAAUACCGCUCAGGCCUCUGGUAGCCAACAAGGGACAGGCAGUCAGAGAAAUGUGACACAACAACUGGAGUUGAUCGAUACGACACUAUUGAAGUGUUAUUUGCAGACAAACGACGCUUUUGUUGCAUCAUUAUUACGACUUAAUAAUUGCCGUUUAGAAGAAGCAGAAAAAACUUUAUUACAACAUAGCAAGUUCAGCGAACUUAUCAUACUGUACCAAACGAAGGGGCAACACACGAAGGCGCUGCAGUUGUUGCGAGAACAGGCUAAACAACCGGACUCUAGUCUAAAGGGCUAUUCUAGAACUAAAAAUUAUAUGCAGAAUUUAGGCGCUGAACACAUUAAUUUGAUAUUUAAAUUCUCCGAUUGGAUACUAAAAGAGCACCCAGAAGAAGGAUUAAAGAUAUUUACCGAAGAUAAAGUUGAAGUUGAAAAUUUGCCCCGUGCAAAGGUUUUAGAUUUUUUAUUGAGGGAACACGAUGCAUUAGUAGUCCCGUAUUUGGAGCAUGUGAUUCAUACGUGGAACGAUACAAACUCAUUAUUUCAUGACGCGCUAAUUAGAAUGUAUAGAGAAAAAUUAAAUAACAAAAAAGGAACAAUAACAGAAGAAGAGCUCCAGCAUACCAAAACAAAACUGUUAACAUUCUUAGAGAAAUCAGUGCAUUACACGCCGGAGCGAGUAAUACUUCAUUUUCCUAAUGAUAGUCUUUUUGAGGAGAGAGCUAUUAUUUACGGUAAACUUGGAAGACACGAGCAGGCGCUAGCAAUAUAUGUGCAGAUACUUGGUGAUGUCGAGAGAGCAGUGAGAUACUGUGAGAAUAUUACUGAAAAUUCUAACUGUAAAAACCAAGAUGUGUAUGUGAUGUUAAUGAAGAUCCUAGUAAAUCCCGAGCAGAGUAACGCCCUCAGCGGUCCCCUGGACAAAGUACCCAGGAAUCCAAAAACUUCAGUGCCGGAUUUGGAGACGGCUUUAAGUAUACUGGAAAAGUACGGUGAUAAAAUAUCGCCAUUAAAGGCGUUAUCCGUAUUGCCUGAUGAUGUGCCUCUCACAAGAUUGAAGAAUUUCCUUGAGUGUGCAUUGGAUGGUCAGCUGACUCACAAGAGACGCACUCAAGUUUUAAAAGGACUUCUCUAUGCUGAACAUAUGCAGGUGCAAGAACUGAAACAAUUUCACGAAUCGAAGAGUGUGAUCAUCAACGACUACAACGUGUGUCCAGUUUGCAAGAAGCGCUUCGGUAACCAGAGCGCGUUCGUGCGAUAUCCAAACGGUGACAUCGUACAUUAUUCAUGUAAACUUGAAAAGUAGAAUUUGCCACUAUAUUUAGAAACGUACAAUUAGUCGUAUAUAUUAGAAAAUUUGUAGGCAACUUUUAUUAAUGUUGAAAUAUUUUACAUGCUAUCUUGUAUGUGACUUAGAUCCUAGUCGCGCUACGAAUUGUUAUAACGCUAAACUAAACGAGCGAUAGAAAUUUACAGUAUGGAUAUAUAUAAUCUUACAGUUGUCCAAAGUUAUAUAGGAAUGAUAAUGUUAAUGUUAGUUUUAAUCAUAAGUUAAAAUGGAUUAAUAUUUAUUACAUUCUAAUAAUAAGACAAAAAUUGAAUUAACAGCUAUUAUAUAUAAGUAUAGUUUAAUACCUAUAUACUAUUAUGUAGUAAACGCAUUAAAGAACCUUUUAUAUUUUUGCACAUGUAUAUGAUUCAGAUUUGCAAUCACUACACACACUCCACAGAUGUUAGCACCAAUUUGGACACAAUCGCGUAUAUACGUUACAUGUGUUGUUAACAUAACUGUCUCAUAGUUAAAACUAGCAAUAUUUCUACUGUUAUCUUAGCAUUUUGAUUCAGGUCUAGGUUAAAAGUUACAAAUUGUCAAUAAUAAUAGACACCCCUAGGUAGAGUUAUAAAAAAUUGUAUGACGUAUUAUUGAAAUAGUUUGCAAAAUAUGGAAAAAGAUUUAAUUUGCUUGGAAAAUUCGUCUACCGAGUCCGAAAAGGAGGUGCUCAAUUCAACUGGAUUUUUAUUAUGCAUGUUAAGAUACACCUCAUUAGUCAUUAUAUAUGAUUCUAAUGAUCAUAUUUUGAAGAGAAAAAAUAUGUCACUGCGUGGUAUCAUUUUUAUAAAAUGUAUAUUCAUAUUUUGAGUCUGUUUCUUGGAAAAAUAUGCUUCAUUUUAGAUGUAAUCAAGACCUUAGCGGUAAUAAUCUUCUGCGGUUUAAUACAUACAUUGCCUCAAUGUACUGAUGCCCUGCAAAAUGCUGAUGUAAUUUUUAUUCAUAAGUAUGUCUGUUUCUUUGUUGUCUGUGUGUUAUCAAAGUUUAUUAUGUGUUUAUUUACAAGUAAGUCAGUAUGUUUAGUACCUACACAUCGUACAGACCUGCUUAUUUUUCUACAUGACACUGUGUAAUAUGUCUAGGAAUAUUGAUGUAUUUAUAAUAUUUAGUCACUGGCUUUUACCGUAAUAUUGUUUUCACUAAUUCUGUAUUAAGCCCAUCAGGCAACGGUUACAGCUUACCACCAAGGGGGUUGUCAGCUUGUUGGCUAUUUCAGUUACAUAAAAAAACUUAUUACUAAUAUUUAUUUCUUAACAAGGAAAGUAGUUACUUACCUUGGUCUUAGUUUCAUGAGCAUUUAUUUUUGUUGUACUGUGAUUUUAUUAGUGACUAAUAGUAAUAUUUUUAUUCUACAAAGAAAAUAUAUUAACAUACCCAUUUAUUCCAAAUUUACAAUGUUUUUUUCAAUUAGUUUAAUCUUAAAUUAUAUUAUACUAUAA